CCCUAUUUUAUAUAAAUAGUACUCUUAACCCGUUUCAAUUUCAGAUAUUUCCAAAAAUCUGUAUUCAUAGUUCAAACCCAUCACCAAAAUCACCGAACCCCAAUCUAAACCUGUAAACUCCACCCGAACCUGCUUCCGAGUCUCGCAGAAGAGCAAUGGCGGAACCCUACACGCCCAAACCGAAACAUCACGGUGCACCACCACCGCUGGCACAAUACCUCACCGACUAUGGAUUGCGCCAUGUAGAGGAUUCCUAUUUCCACGAGAAUUUAUUCCAUGAAUCGCUAUCAAUUGAUGAAGAUUUUCCUGAUAUUCUAGUUCGCUCGUGUUCUUCAAGAUCAGUGGGAGCUGGAAUUGUGAACCUGAUCAAUACUUGUUAUAUGGCUGCGAUACUCCAGUGCUUAACACAUACAGGACCAUUGUUUCGUGCUCUUCGUUACUCCGAUCAUAAUACUCCAUGUCAUGAGAGUGGUUUCUGCGUUAUUUGUGCUUUCCGUGACCACAAUGACGAAGCGAUAGAGCUCUCUCGAUGCCCAAUUUAUCCUAGCACAUUUCUUGAAAAUGUCAAGUAUUUUUCAGCUGCUUUUAUACCGUAUAUCCUGGGUGACGCACACGAGUUUAUGAUAUGCGCCUUGAAUAAACUUCAAGAUGCUUUUCCAGAAGGUCAAAACAAUCCUAUUGACCAAAUAUUCGGAGGCAGAACCAUUACCAAACUUCGAUGUUGCAGCUGUGGUUUUUCUUCUGAUACCAUUGUGCCGAUACUUGACUUGCGUUUAGCGGUAGAAAACUUGAGUACCGUUCAACGCGCUCUGGAAUCGUAUUUCAUGAUAGAAAAUAUGGAUGCCAAGUUUAAAUGUAGUAGCUGCGACCAACAGGUAUACAUGGCGAAACAGCUUUUGAUUGAUAAGGCACCAGGCAUUGCUGUAUUACAGUUGAAAAGGUUUAAAUGCGACGGAGAAAAGAUUGAAAGUCAUGUUUCUUUUGCUAUGGAUUUGGAUCUGGAGCCUUAUACAUCUCCUAAAUGCAGGGAGCAUGAUGCUAUUUUGAUGUAUGAUCUCUAUGCAGUUGUUGUGCAUAGAGGAUCCACAGCUAAAUCAGGGCAUUACUUUAGCUAUGUGCGUUCUGAUGAAAAUACAUGGCAUUUGAUGGAUGACUCUGAGGUUUGCAGGGUUUCUAUAGAUGAAGUCCUGUCUCAACAGGCAUACUUGCUGUUUUAUGCAAAACAUGGCACACCCUGGUUUUCUUCUGUUGAAACUGAAGAGAGAGAUUUAAAACCAGAAGGAUUUUGGUAAUGCAUCGAUAUAUGCAAAUGAUGCUGUGCAGAUGUAAAAAUUGGCGGGUGCAGAUGAUAAGGAUUCCUCAAUGAGAUUAGAGUUGGUGGCUUUAAGUUUCCCUUCAUGUAAAAAUUGUUGCAUAUCUCCCUUGACCUGUUGCAUAAAAAUGGUUUGUAUCGAUGAAUAUGUGAUUCCCUUUCAUAUGAAAAUGGUUGAAAUCACAAUUGUAGGAUCUCUUUUGAAAAUUGUGGCAAAGGUUUUAAUUCUACUUUUA